AUGUCGUCCGACGAGGAGGACUAUAUGUCCAUGGUGAUCGAGGAGCCUAAGCAGAAGGAGACAUUCACACAAAGAAAAAAGCGCGAGCAGCGAGAGGCCGAAGCUCGAGGAAAAGUCCUUUCGAAAGCCGAACGUGCAGCUGAAGACGCGCGUCGCCGAGAUGAAGCUCUGGCUACUAGUACCCUGGAUCCCUCUAACAAGGGCUUUAAGAUGAUGGCCAAGCUAGGCUUCAAGCCCGGCCAAUCGCUCGGAAAACGCGACACAGACACCAACACCGACACGAAAGUCUCCGGCCCUGACGAAACCAAGACACGCUCGGAACCGCUGAAUCUUGUUUUCAAAGAGAACCGUGGUGGAAUUGGAUUAGAUACCGAGAAGAAACGAAAAAUCCGCGAGGAGGCAGAGGAAGCAAUCAAGAAGAUCAAGCACGAGGAAGGCGAUUACAGGGAUCGCGUCCGCGAGGAACGCGAAUUGAAGCGAACUGAGGCGCAAAUACGAGCUGCACAGAAGGUUGCUGAGAGGCUGGAUGCAGAGGCCGAAGAGGAUACUGGGAGGGACGGCCAUAACGACGAAGAUGAGCCCUCAGAUGAUAAAGACUUGGGACUCAGCGAUGCGCCGAAGCCUAAGCGCUUUAAACUCACCUCGCAGGUCAAUGUUCUCUACCGCGGCCUUGUUCGUGAGCGCGAGGAACGAGAACGUGAUAAUCAGGCCCGUCAUGCUCUGAUGCAUUCCCUGCCGUCGUCUUUCUUCCCAAGCCAGAAACUCCCUGGAUACGACGAUGUCGAUCUUGAGAGGGACGACAAGCAAGCCCUUGGCGAUACGCUCGGACCGUACACCGCUGCUGUUGAGCAAGAGCUUGAAGAAGAAGAUCCGGAGCUGGACGCGUUCAAUGCAUUAGAUCCAGCCGAGAGACUACAUAGAUUGGUGAUCUAUCUCCGUGACACAUAUCGGUAUUGUUUCUGGUGCAAAUACCGCUACGAGACUGAUGUGGAGCUUGAGGGCUGUCCCGGCUUGACUGAAGAAGAUCAUGAUUGA